AUGUCUUCUACAACAGAUUCGCGCGAGUCAACUGCACCGCAGGAUUACUACUCAAGUCUUGACGAUGAGGGCCCGCUUGUGGAAAAGUUCAAGAACAUCGACGAUAAGACGCAGUUUUACCUUGCUAUGCGCCGUCUACAGGACCCUCUUACUCAGAAUUUCGUGCUCGAUUUCGGGAACGAUGAGGCAUGGUGUGCGUCUGAUCUGGACACUAACGAAUUGAAACGGUUGCUGAGCAAGCCGAGAGACAAGUGCUUUGGUACACGGUGGAUCAAUAUAUGGGCACCAGAGGAGCAGAAGGAAAGCAUAAGGGCGAUUACCAAAUACUAUGGAGUGUCAGAACGGCUACAGGGGAUGAUGUGCACAGAGCCAGUGGAUCCUGCACCCAAAACUACACCUGUACCAAACAAAAGGACUUCGAAAUCGCCUAUUAUUGAGCCGUCGUUCGAGCACGAAGUGGAUGACCCGGAGAAUGCACUCAAGCAUCUCGCCGAUCCAGAUAAAUCGCGCGAGUCGGCGUCAUUCUCGAAUCUCACCUUCGCACAAGUCACGAAUCAAAUCUGGCACUUCUCUUCUGUGGAUCAUGGUCCUCGAUACACAUGUAUCGGCUAUAAUACGUUGUAUGUGAUUCCCACACUAUCACAACCGAAUGGCCAAGAUCUCCCGGAUGGAAAACGGCUUUGGACCUGGCUGAUCCAGUGCGACGAUGGCACAAUAAUUUCAAUCCAAGAGAACCCGUUCCCGAGACGGAAGGCAGUGCCAAUAGAUGAAGCCAAGCCAGUCCUCGACAUCGUGCGCAGGAACAUCCGCUUUAUUUUCGCUGGCGUUUCGAGACAGCACUUUGCCAUGUCCGAGAGCGAGUCGCUGAUUACCAUCCGAGUGCGACAUUUUAGUGACCUCGGACCGGAUCAGGCCAAUAUCAAGCAGAAGGAUGGACCGAGUUUGCUCUUCUACUAUAUCUUCGAUGACUGGGUGUCAAGUUAUGGACUUAUCGCAAAGCGAGAACACAAAUAUGGGGUUGCUUUGGAGAAAUUGAGAGGCCAAAUGCUCGAUCGUCCGGUUGUAGAUUUGGUAAACGAAUUGCACUGGCUGGGCCGACGACUCGCAGUUCUCAAACGAUUGUACCAGAGCUAUGAGCUUAUCAUGCGGCGACUCUUGCAACGGCAACGCAUGCUCCGCGACGAAGCGCGUUCGUCUCAACCAGCCCCGGUUUCGUAUGGAGCCACCUUUAGCGACAUGGAGUAUGUAGAUAUGCGCCAGUCGAGUGUCGUGAGCGAUUUCACUUUCCAUGAUACAACUGAUAAAUCGGUCGGUGUGCAGCUGAGCUCGACGGCCGUGGCGCGUUUCGAACGGUUGGUUGAUCGGAUCAAUCUGUACUGUUUGAGCGAGAUUGAGAACUGUCUGAAUGAGAAAGAGUCUUUGACGUUCUUGAAUUUCAACUUAAUUGCGCUCAAAGACUCGCAGGCUGUUGAAAAGCUCACUCGGAUCACUAUUCUGCUGGCUAAGGCGACCAUUUUGUUCCUGCCGGUCAGCUUGAUGAGUGCGUACUUUUCGACGGAACUCGUUGGAGUCAAGAAUGGGUACACCAAGGCGGAUUACUGGGUCAGUUUCGUGGUGAUCUUCCUUGUAACCAUCUUGCUCUUGACCGUUUUCGGUUACGCCAGCGAUACUGUCGAAGGCAGGACGAUCUACCGGUCCAUGAUACGAACAUUCUUCCGACGGUCUCGCCAGAGAAUGUCGCGACGAUCAGAAGAAUAA